UUUGUACUAAUUUGCAAUUUGACCAAAAAUGCACUCAUACUCUCGUAGUAAGCAACACAAAAUGCAAAAACAGAAUUGAAUCCAAAGCCAAUGAGACGGCAGAUAGCGGAUCUAGUGAGAGAUGGAGCUUACAGAGAAGCCCUCACACUCUACUCUCGCCUCCAUUCUUCUUCUUCUCCUCUUCGCAACGGGUUCACAUUCCCUGCUCUGCUCAAAGCCUGCGCCAAGCUCCGAGACUUUCCACGAGCCCAGAUGCUCCACACCCACCUCCUCAAGUCUGGGUUCCAGUCCGAUCUCUUCACCGCCUCCGCCCUCACCACCUUGUAUCUGAAAGCCGGCAGCGUCGAUUGCGCGCUCAAGGCGUUCGACGAAAUUCCCCACCCAACUAUAGAUUCUAUGAACGCUCUCAUUUCCGGGUUUUCUCAAAUUGGGUGUCACGCAGAGUCCUUCAGGGCGUUUGGGUCGCUGGAUUCUUGGAAUCUCCGCCCGGAUUCUGUCGCCAUAGCCGGGGUGCUGUCUGGCUGCGAGGAUGCUACUGUGGGCGCGCAAAUGCAUUGCUGGGCUGUGAAGAUUGGGGUUGAGACUUGUGUUUUUGUUGCAACAUCAAUUCUCACGACGUAUUCCGGUUCUGGUGAUUUGGUUUCUGCAACGAGAUUGUUUGAGUCGAUUGAGAACAAAAAUGUGGUCUGCUAUAAUGCAUAUAUGACCGGCUUGUUGCAGAACUGUGGGUACGAGGCUGUGUUGCUCGUGUUUAAGGAUUUCAAUGGAUUGUCAGAGGAAGGGGCCAAUGCUGUGACAUUCGUUUCCGGUCUUUCUGCUUGUGCAGAACUCAAGAAUCUGAAGUUUGGCCUGCAAAUCCAUUGCUCUGCUGAAAAAACUGUGGUGAAGGUUGAUACUAUGGUCUCCACUUCCCUAAUUGAUAUGUAUUCCAAAUGUGGUUCUUGGCAAUGUGCAUCUUCUGUGUUUCAAGAAUUUCCCAGAACCAAAUGGAGCUUGAUCACCUGGAACUCCAUGAUUUCGGGAUUAAUGCUCAAUAAUCAAACCGGGAAAGCAAUUGAACUCUUUGAACAUCUGGAAACUGAAGGGAUGAAACCUGAUUCAUCAACGUGGAACACAAUGAUUAUUGGGUUUUCACGCCUUCCAGAAGAAGGGUAUCAGAAAGCUUCUCAUUUCUUCAGAAGAAUGGUUUCAUCCGGCGUGAAGCCAAAUGAGAAAUCAAUGACCAGUCUUUUAACUGCUUGUUCUAAACAAUGUGUGCUUCUGUCAGGGAAACAGAUUCACGGUUACGCCAUAAGGACCAAAUGCAUUGACGAUCUCUUCCUUACAACCGCUGUGGUUGAUGUCUACAUGAAAUGUGGAAAAGUCUAUCUGGGUGAAAGGGUUUUUGAGGCUUUUGAAAACAAGCGCGACGAUCCGGCCCUAUGGAAUGUUAUGAUCUCCGGGUAUGGAAUAAACAACGAAAAUGAAGCCGCUUUUGAGAUGUUCGACCGGAUGGUACGCGAGAACGUGAAGCCAAGCUUAGCAACUUUCAACUGUGUUUUAUCCGUGUGCAGCCACUCCGGUCAAACAGUCAAAGGGUGGGAGAUCCUAAAACGGAUGACAGUGGAUUUCGGGCUCACCCCGGGUUCCAAGCAACUUAACAUUCUGGUUGAUCUUCUUGCUCGGUAUGGACAGCUGGAAGACGCGAGAGAACUGCUCAAGAAACUGCCCACACCUUCUGUGUCGGUUUUUGCUUCGGUUCUUGGGGCUUCUGAGUGUCAUUCUCAUCCUGACAUUGCGCAAGAAAUGGCUCAGAAACUCUUAGAGCUGGAGCCAAGGAGUCCUAUACCGCUGGUGAUCUUGUCUAAACUAUACGCUGCUCUUGGAAAGUGGAAUGAAGCUGAGAGGAUCAGACAGAUUAUGGAUGAAAAUGGUUUAAAGAAACUGGCUGGCUAUAGUUCCAUAGGCGUGCCAUAGAAAAAAGAAUCAGCCCAUUCAUCAGUUUCUAUACAUUCAUGUUGAACUUGCCUAUCAAACCAACCAGAAACCAGACAUGGGUCAUGGCUAAAGUGACAUCACGAGUCACACCACGGACGACACCGAGGUUAAGCUGGCAUGUGUCUUUAGGAUCGUGGGCCUGAUGUUGGACCAGGUCUCCAUUUAAAGUGGAGGGCAAUGAGGUGCACAAUUUCGAGAGAAAACUAGAUGGAAAGAAGAAAAACAAACCUGUCUGUCGAUCUCCAAACCCAGAAGUCAAGUGGAAGACAAGCCGAUCCUUGAAAGUCGGUCAGCUUUUUCCCAACUCUGAUGAGCUUUGCCAUAGGGGGCUGUACUCCCACAAAAUUGUGCAAUUGUUGAUUCGUUGUUUUACCUUUUACAGUAAAUGAAAUGAGGGGUUUCGGUUCUUUUUUCAUUUAGAUAUUUGGAUUGUUUCAGUUCCAGACUUUACACUAUUGUAGUAAAUUGGCAGUUGAUGUAUAAUUUAUGAUUAGAUCAUCAGCCAAAACUGGAUGAUUGCAGAGCCUCAAUGCCAAAAGUGGAAUAUUAAACAAGAGGAUGAAAAUUAUUCAUGCUAAUCCUGUGCACAAAACAGUGGCUGCUAUUAAGGAUCAGCUACUGCUAGGAAACGUGCCUCAGAAUUAAUGAAAGUAUUUGGAAAACCGGCGCAAAAGAAGUCUUUCCAUCAAAGAAACUGUGGGCGUGAAGGGCAUAAAAGAAACUACUGCCCAGACAUUUAGGACCUCAAUAGACGCAACAGAUGUCGUCUAUGUGGAGAAAAGGGGCAUAACAGAAUGACCUGCCAAAAGGGGAACAGUGGCAUAACCGGAGAACCUAGGAGGAGAUCAAGAAAGAAUCUCCAUUGCAGAAAAUAUGCGGACAACAAGGUCAUAACAGAAGGACAUGUGCCCAGAACAAGGAAGCAGCAAAUUCCACUAACGUUUGUGGGUUGUGCUUAAGAGAAGGGCACAGCCGUAGGACAUGCCCUCAAAUAAGAAGCGAACAUGGGGAAGUGACUGUGAAGAAGGCAACGAAGAAUCAGCAGUGCAGAAUAUGUGGGCAAAAAGCUCAUAACAGAAGGACAUGUCCCCAAAACACAGAAGCAGCAAAUUCCACUAAUAUUUGCAGAUUGUGCCUCAGAGAAGGGCACAACCGUAGGACAUGUCCUCAAAGAAGCAAAUAUGUAGAAGGGGGCAUAAUGAAAGAACCUGCUUUAA